AUGGCGACCUUUACUAAGAUCGAGGAGAGCGAAACGCCUUCCAUCACCAUUCACCCCGCACAUCAGAUCGCUAAGAUCAAUGACAACGUAUACGGUGGCUUUACCGAGCACAUGGGCCGCUGCAUCUACGGCGGCAUUUACGAUCCCGGCAACUCAUUGUCAGACGAUAGAGGCUUCCGAAAGGACGUCAUUGAGGCUUUCAAGGAGCUCAAUGUACCUGUAGUGCGCUACCCUGGCGGCAACUUUGUGGCAACGUACCAUUGGCUUGACGGUGUUGGGCCCAAAGAGAACAGGCCAAAGAGGCCUGAGCUUGCAUGGAUCGGCAUCGAGCCCAACACUUUUGGUACAGACGAGUUCAUGCAGUGGUGUGAGGAAGUUGGAACAGAGCCUUACCUUUGUCUCAACUUUGGUACUGGUACACUGGAUGAAGCGCUUGGAUGGCUCGAGUAUUGCAACUCAGACCGCGACACCUACUACGCCAACCUCCGACGCAAGAAUGGCCGUGAGAAGCCAUACAAUGUCAAAUACUGGGCCCUCGGCAACGAGUGCUACGGCCCCUGGCAGGUUGAGCAAAUGACCAAAGAAGACUACGCAAAAAAAGCGUAUCAAUGGGCCAAAGCCCUCAAACUCCUGGACCCCACCAUCACCACCAUCCUGUGUGGAGAAACCGGUUACUCAUCCUGGGACUACUACGUCCUCAACCAAUGCGUAAAAUGGGACGUCCACGGCCUCAGCGGCGACAACACAAAGAGCCUUAUCGACAUGCACUCGAUCCACAUCUACACAGCCGACAAGGAGCACCUCGCCAACGCCACGGCCCCACGCGCCGCCGAACGCGCCAUCCAAAUGGCAUCCAGCCUGAUUGACCUCGCCCGCAUCGAAAACAAAGUCCCCGAAACCGUGCCUAAGCAGCUCAUCUGCUUCGACGAGUGGAACGUCUGGGACCCCGUGCGUGCGCCAGGAGAAGACGGCGCAGAGGAAAAAUACACCCUCUCAGACGCCCUCGCCGUCUCCAUCUUCCUCAACGGCUUCAUCCGCCAGGCCAAGGACGUGGGCAUGGCCACGGUCGCGCAGAGCGUAAAUGUCAUUUCGCCCCUCAUGACGACCAAGACGGGCCUCGUCAAACAGACGUCUUGGUGGCCGCUGCUGCUGUUUUCAAAGUAUAUGCGUGGUCAUACGCUUGCGCUAAACGUGCGGGCGCCGGAAUACACGGGUCGCACCAAGCCGAGCUGGAUCCGGGGCACGAUUGAGACGCCGUUCUUGGACUGUAGUGCUGCGCUUAGUGACGAUGGAUGGAUUAAUCUGGCUGUUACGAAUGUGCAUGAGUCCAAGGGGUUUGAGGUUGAGAUUGCGGGGCUCAAGGCGGAUAAGGUCGAGGUGCAUACCGUGACGGGGGAGAAUGUGGAUGUGGUGAAUACGGAUGGGGUGCAGAAUGUGGGUAUCAAGGAGAGUAGCUGGGAUGGAAAGGAAGCGAAACAAGGAAAGACCUAG